AUGAGUACGGCUUACUCGUACUUGGACACACCGUACCCGGAAACCGACUUCCCCCCGGACAUACGCGAUGCGUGUCUCAAGCGGAGCUCCGUUGGUGCCGAGGUCCGUGCAGCCAAAGUGGUGGUGGUCGGAGACGUCUCCGUAGGCAAGACGUGCCUCAUCACAAAGUUCUGCCACGAGGUCUAUGACGCUAACUACAAGGCGACCAUCGGCGUGGACUUCGAGGUGGAGAAGUUCAGCAUCCUCCAGGUGCCAUUCAGCCUGCAAAUCUGGGACACGGCUGGCCAGGAGAGGUUCAGGAGCAUCACUUCAGCAUACUACCGAGGCGCUCAGGUCGUGAUCCUGGUAUUUGACUUGUCUCUGGCAGCCAGUUUGUACAACACACCGCAGUGGCUUGAAGAGACCCUGGAAAGCACCGGACAGGGGCACGAGCCGCUGAGAUUUCUCGUGGGCACCAAGAAGGACCUUGUGAACGACGGAUGUUUGGAUGGCAUGGAAGGAGACGCGACGAAGAUCGCACGCAGAUUGGACGCCGAGUACUGGUCCGUCUCUGCAAAGACAGGCGAGAACGUGCAGCAGUUGUUCUUCCGGGUGGCCGCACUCGCUUUUGUCCAGUGCCUUACAAGGGAGCUCCAGGAAAAGCAGCAGUCACCAGAGAAGGCCGCCAACAACAACUUUGUCCGGCUGAGGAAGCGGAAACACGGCAAGAAGAUUAAGGCACCGAAAUGCUCUGGCAGCCAAAAAUGUGCCACGAAGUGAAGAACCAUGCUAUCGGCCGUAAAUGAUGUGUGGGAGACGAAGGUGAAAACCCCUGCACGCAUGAACGCAUCGCUACAGCCAGUGACGCUGAAACCAGUGAAUGCCAAUAGUGUCACGGAAUAUCAUCAGGCUGUACGCAAUAGUUAACGGAGCUGCCAUACCCUGACAGAACUUUCCAGCUUGGAAGCAGGCCUUCCUGUUUAUAGCUGGAAGUGUGGCGGAUACUGAUAAUUUUCAAAGAAAAAAAAUUGCGCAAAUAAAGGAAAAACACCACAAAGAAAGAACACAAAAACUGGCCGAGUUUUCCUUCUUUGUGGUGUCUUUUCUUUAUUUGAGCAUUUUUUUCUUGUGAAGUAUUGAACCAACUGGCCCCUCAAGACGUCCUGAUAUUUUGUUUUAACCGUAGCUUUGUUGCGUUUCUUUUUUUUUCGCAAGUGAGUACAAUGAAUGACUGUCUUGAGGAGGAUUGUGGGGCGUUAAGCGAACACUUUCGUUUUCUCUUUCGAGGCUGGUCCCAGAGGGAUUAGAGGGGCAAAAAGUGACUUUGUUUACCUUACACGUACGAAACUGUGAUUUCAUGUGCUGACCGCUCGCAUUGAAGUUCCGAUGGAAACGUUUUUUUAACAAAUGUUUGAAAGCCAUGAUUUCAAUGCCAGUUUGAGAGCUGUUGAAAACCUUGAACUGGAGUAGGACGCAUUCGACUGGAGUGCUUUUUUUACAAGUUUCCAUCAGCACAAAAAUUACAGGUCAUUUAUCUCAAUACUGUACGUACAACAGUUAUGAUGCUCAUCGUGAACAUUCAUAUCUUAACCAAUGUUGCAGACUGUGGUUCACACUAGUGAGGCCCUGAAUAGUGUUCUGACUGGAAGCUAGCUCUAAUAAUAAUUAAGACAAGCUUUCAUGGAGCAGUAAAAUAUUGAAACCAUGUAGAGCAUUGAUUUGACGUAACCUCUGAAAGCAUAAGUAGAACAAGCUCAAUUGGAAAUCGUACCUAAUGCAAGCCUGCCGUAGCGACGCUACAGCUGGAAGCAUGAAACCGUUUUCCACUAUAUUGCUCGUAGUAGAGACAAUGAUGGGGUGAAAGCAAAGUAUUUGAUUAUUUGUUCGCAUCCGGCUUGGCAUAACAACUUCGAACCGAGCAGCUACUGCAAUUACUGAAUGGCACAUUUAUGCCAUGAUUCUGAUACUUACUUCUGGGACGCAAAGCACCUUGAGCUCAAUGUCCGCUUGCAGAAGGCACUGAGAAUACAGAAAACGUUCGGGAACCCACAAAUAGUGUGCCUUGUAAGGCUGUUUAAAAUUAGUAAAUCAGAAUGGCUAUUAUGCUUGCGUAUUGUGCAUCGUUAUGUUAAACGUCACCUUUCAGAAACAUAGUUACUCGCUUUUAGUCUUACACCUUUCAUCAUUAGUCAUCGUGAUAGAUAUAAACUCAUUAUUGCCAAUAUGUAAAAUGCCUGUCUGUAACCUCUUAGAGAAGAAGGGUAAGCGUCACGCAGUCAGGAUAGCUUGCGCGUGCCAUGCUGCACUAUUGUCGUAUCUGUAGGUAUCACUCUGCAACUAACGACAAUCCGCGUCACUGAUUCGUACGAACGUAAAGUAGCUAACUUGGCCUAUCAUUAGUGUAGUACACGUGAAUUCGGCGAGAUUUGACGUGAGAGGGUUGAGUCAAGCUCACUGAACUUCAUGUCAUCCUCGAACGCUCCCAACGUGCUGCCUAAGCGAUUUAUUAAACUCUGUUGCAGAAACAAUGGCACGAGUUUGUCUCAGUAUUCACCGAGUUAGACCCACGAGCGUACCUGUAUACCGUCGCACUGGUACAAACAACCUGCAAUGAAUUAUAGUCACAUGGACGCUACAGUCGUUUUCUACACAUGCAAUCCGACUCGACCAGAAUGAUAAGGUGGAUAAAAGGGUUUCGCAACAUUUCGUUAUUUUGGUUCAAUUUUCAACCAACCAUCUGCACACAGGUCAUCUGAGCGUUAUUUAGUGUAUCCUUCACAUAAAACAAAAUUCACGGGUUUUCAUAUGUUUUAUUCUAGAAAACCACUACGGUCGUCGAGUUGUGCUGUCAUAAUCCUGUCUGAGUUGAAGGGAAAUUUGGAGGCAACGAGUGUUCUGAAAAAACACGAGUAAGCUAUUCGUCAGCUUAUAAAAUGAUGCAUAUGUCGAAGCCGCUCAUGUUGGUUGUUAGUGCUCUCACAGUGAUACAUGAUCAUGUUGUCCAUGCAAAUGUCCUUGCUAACUUGCGCUUUAAAGACAAUAAACGUAUGUGAUUCCCAUUAGCAUCCUACAUUGUAAGAGUAUCCUGGCUAGUCACGAGUUUCGAUAGGACACACGUGAAGUUACGUUACGAUGGCCUCGCGUGCAUUGCGCCGAAGAAUAAAGGGUGAGAGACGUUGUGCAGCAAGUUUUGUUGUGUAUAUUUGCGUUUUCGUAAUAUUCAUCUGCUGUGCGAGAAAAAAAAAAGCAUACUCUUUGAGACUGUUGACUUUGCAAUAAGUGCCUUUUGCAAAAUAUCGUUUUCUAGGUUUUAUAUUCAAGUGUUCAAUGAAUGUGUAGUUAGCACGCGUGUAUGUGAAGCAAUAAAACAAUUGAGUGCUUUGUGCAA